CUUUCGGAACUUUUAAAGGGACCUUCACCACACUGGCCUGUUCGCCCGCGUGGACUGCUGAUGGUGAGGGCUGGUUGGCCCCGGGAGUCAGUACCGAGGAGGCCGAGGAGAAGCAAGGCCGUGUGACUCCUCCCGGAGGUGACAAGGGAGAGAGGAGCUGUCAUUCUGCCCUCUCCCUGCCCUAUCGGGUGCCCAGCCAUGGCCAGACCGCCGGCCCCGGGCUCGGUGAUCGCCCCGGACUGGCACGAGAGCGCCGAGGGCAAGGAAUACCUGGCCUGCAUCCUGCGCAAGAACCGCCGGCGGGUGUUCGGGCUGCUCGAACGACCGGUGCUGCCCCCUGCUGUGGCCAUUGACACGGCCAGCUACAAGAUCUUCGUGUCUGGGAAGAGUGGCGUGGGCAAGACGGCACUGGUGGCCAAGCUGGCUGGCCUGGAGGUGCCCGUGGUACACCACGAGACCAUCGGCAUCCAGACCACCGUGGUGUUCUGGCCGGCCAAGCUGCAGGUCAGCGACCGGGUUGUCAUGUUCCGCUUUGAGUUCUGGGACUGCGGGGAGUCUGCGCUCAAAAAGUUCGAUCACAUGCUGCCGGCUUGUAAGGAGAAAACAGAUGCUUUCCUCUUCCUGUUCUCUUUCACCGACCGAGCCUCCUUCGAAGACCUCCCUGGACAGUUGACCCGCCUCGCAGGCGAGGCCCCUGGUGUCGUCAGGAUGGUCAUUGGCUCCAAAUUUGACCAGUACAUGCACACGGAUGUGCCCGAGCGUGACAUCACAGCCUUCCGGCAGGCCUGGGAGCUGCCCCUCCUGCGGGUGAAGAGCGUGCCGGGGCGGCGGCUGGCCGACGGGCGCACGCUGGACGGGCGGGCCGGGCUGGCCGACGUUGCCCACGUGCUCAAUAGCCUGGCAGAGCAGCUGUGGCACCAGGACCAGGUGGCAGCUGGCCUGCUCCCCAACCCUCCAGAAGACACCCCCAGCUGACAUGAGUGGGCACGUGUGAUCCCUCCUCCUGGGUCUCAGGGGACCCAGAGCAGGAGACAGGACCCAGUCCUAGGGCUGGGACAGGGACAGUGAUCUCCUCCUGAGGAUUGGCCAGGGAGGCUGGUGGCCGGUGAAGACUCUGCCCCCGCAGCACUUGCUGUGCAGAACCCGUGGCGGUGCGGUGGGGGCACAGGGCUUUCCGGGCAGUGGUUGGAGGCCCCUUGCCUUCUCCCAGGGCCUGGGGGUCGAGGCUCUGGAAACUGGGGAACCGCUUGGGCAGGGCCCCCGGACUCAAGCAUCUGCACCGACCUGCUGUCCCUCCCCUUCCACAGCACACGGGGAGGGUGACAGGGGAGCGGGGGAGGCUCAGCUGGGCCCUGGACCUGAAGUGACUUCAACCGAGAGCCCGUAUUACAGGGUGGGGACAAAUAGGUUUACAGUUGUGUGUGUGGAAAACGAUACAAUAACUAGUAAAUAAUAAUACAAGAAUGAACUAUUUCACAUAUUCACAGCUAUC